CUAGCAUGAGCCUGGGGCUGGGCCAACCGACACGGCGCUGCGCAAAGCGCUGCAGCGGCGCGCGAAAGACAGUCGUUCCAGCACCCGCGCGCACGCACGGCAGCGCACAAAAAGGCAGCCGCGAACCGCUGCCCCAUCGACCGCUGCGCUCACAUCCACACAAGGGAGCAACGAUGCCGGCCACCGGCGACGCCGUCAACGUGAAAGUAGCCCUAAGAUGUAGACCGUUAUCAAAGAAAGAACUGAGCGAAGGUGACCGGUCGAUCUUCACGAAGGACGGCAAUGUUGCCAGACUCCAAGAUCCCGACGGCCGCCAGAACGGCGGCAAUCCCAUUGAAUUCGGUUUUGAUCACGUCUAUGAUGCGGACUCUACCCAGUUACAAGUCUAUGAGGACGUCGGUAAACCGGUCGUCGAUGCGGCCUUCGCUGGGUUUAACACGACGGUCUUCGCAUAUGGCCAGACUGGUAGUGGCAAGUCCUGGUCCAUGACUGGUGCGUCUGGCGAUAACAGAGGAUUGAUCCCGCGCAUCAACGCGGAGAUCUUCGAGAGGAUCGAAAAUUCGUCGGAGGAAAAACUAUACUUAGUACAGUGUUCGUACUUUGAGAUCUAUAACGAGAUCGUGUAUGACUUAUUGGACCCGCGGCCGCGCAAGGAUAAAGAAAGAUCGGGCGGCCUGCAGAUCAAGGAGCACCCGGUAUUGGGCAUCCACGUGCAGGGCCUGCAGCAGAUCGUGGCCAACGACGCGGCCAAAGUCCAAGAACUCAUGGACCUCGGUCAGAAGAAUAGGAGUGUUGGUAGCACGGACAUGAACGCCGAAUCCUCGAGGUCGCACUCUGUUUGUUUAGUUACUGUACAUCAAAAAGAUACGGAAAAUGAAUCGAAGUCGUGUUACGCGAAAUUGAAUCUCGUGGAUUUGGCCGGCUCCGAGAGGGCGGACCGGACCGGCGCGUCCGGCAAGCGCCUCAAGGAGGGCGCGAACAUCAACAAGUCGCUGACGACGCUUGGUUCAGUUAUUAAUGCGUUGGUGGAACAAGCCCGGGGCAAGAAGGGCGUCUUCAUUCAAUAUCGCAACAGUAAAUUAACGCGAGUUUUACAAGAGUCGCUGGGCGGUAAUGCGUUGUGCACCAUGCUGGCUACGCUCAGUCCCGCCUUGUUGAAUGGCAAGGAAACGCUGUCGACAUUGAGAUACGCCGCGCGCGCGAAGACGAUCAAGAAGACGGUCACCAAGAACGAGGAGUCCGGCCAGAUCGAUAAAUUAAAUGAGGAGGUCGCCCGCCUCAAGAAGAUGCUCGCCGAGAAAGCUGCGCCAUCAGGUGUCGUCCAAGACGAUGAGGCUUUGUCCAAAGCCCAAACUCAGAUCCAGGACCAAAUACGAGAGAUGGAAAUGUUGACAAAACAAACCUGGGCCGAGAAGCAGGAGCAGUCCAAGAAACACGAAAGCGAGAUGCAGCGGUUACGGAAGGCUACUCGAGAUGCGGCCAAGAGGGCCGAAUCGGAGCGGAGGAAGCGCUUUCAGUUGUUGAGGGAGAAGGGCGACGUCGAGUUGAGUGUGCGGGAGCUCAAUCUACCUUCUUCUUGGGCCGACCAGGCUCGACGGUUGGACGGGCUGAAGGCUCGGGUCGGUGAUAGGAGAGCGCACUUGAACGUGUUGCGGGACGCUUUAUUAGCUGAUUUAGGGUCUUCUUAUGACGACGAGGACCCCGUCGAGCGAGCGCGGUCGGCCAAGGCCGCCGCUGAUUCUGCGCAGGGCCGGCUGUGCGGCGCGGCGUCCUUUUUUUUGCGGGGCGUCGCGGCGAUGGCGUAAGUGAUCCACACGCCGCGCGCCGGCGACGAGGGGGAAGGGCCAAACAAAACGCGCGAACACCACGCAGGCAACAACUCAGCGGCGAGCUCGACAAGAUGCGCGAGGGGGAAACGUCGCUACUCAAGGGCGCCGACGCGUUGAUAGCGGACGUCGAGGCAUCGUUAAGUGAUUUCGUGACGCAGCAGGACCGGACGAAGAAAGCAAGGGUCGAACUUGUCUUAGAUCAGUGCAAGGCGCGGCGCGGCGCUCUGAGAGCAUCGCUCGCUUCCGAACGAGCGGCUCUGGUGUCUUCUGAUGACGGCGGGUCGGACCUGGUGAAGGCGGCGCAACAAUUGGUCCAGGAGGCCGAGCGCGCGUCGGAAAAUGCUGACGAUGCUGAAGCGUUGCGAGCCGCAAGCGAUGCGUUGCAGGAGGCCUCUUCACGAGCAUCGGCGUCCGCCCAUAAUGUACGACAUGCAUUGGAAGCCGUCGCGUCCAGGGCCGAGUCCGACGCGCCCGCAAGGCCGCCCGCGAGACCCGUCGCCGUCUCGUCCGGAGACGUCAAGACUGCUUGUUUAGGACGGGGCGACGGUUGGAUGAACACACCUUCUGAGUAUGCUGAGUUCGAUGUGGGAGACGCCCACGUUUCCAGCGUGAAAAUAGCGCCCGGCACCGUCACUCCUCAAAUCGACGGCGCCGACGCCAAAAUCACGAUCGCACGCCUCUCCUCUGCAUUAGACUGGAAGACCCUGCGAUUAACGCCAGAGAAGGCCCUGAAAUUACUCCAGAGGCCGCCGGUGCGCUUCGUCGCCGAUGCUUUGCAAGCCAUCUCCACGAAAGCCGGGUGGACCGAUGCACCUCAACCAUUAGAUCCGAAGGCUCCUAAUGAUGUGAAACAAAGCCACUUUGACGCGUGGCUCAAAAUUAUCGAUUGUCCGUCGUGUUCGAGCGACAACAUAUUAGCUGGCAGUGGUGUGGACGGGACCAAUGCUUUACUGCAAUUAGCGGCGGCGAAAGCCGUACCGACGUCCAACGUGGCGUCGACGCCUCAUACAUUGAAAGUGGAGGCGCUUCGUCAGAAUACUUGGGAGGCCACGGAGGUGCGAGUUACUGAUGGUCGCGCUCCUGUUAAUCAGAAAGCGGAAAGAUGGCGCGUCUCCAUUGUAAAAUGGGAGACUGGUAAUAGUGGAGCGUGCAAAUUAGGGUUAGAAACAGGAACGAGCGGCCCUUCAUUAUCGGAAUCCGCCAUGAACGCGGGAGAAGCCGCGUCCGCCCUAGACGCGGACGCCGACAAGCUCGCGCGAUGCAUGCGAGCGACGGCCGAGGUCGUGGCAAGGGCGGCGCAAAGUGCAGCUCGCAAAGCGACGCGGGGCGAGGCCCAGCGGCGCGCCAGCGAGUCCCAGCGACUCGCGGAUUUGGAGGCCGAGGUGUCCAGACUGAGGGCCGCCGAGAAGAAGCAUUUGUCAAUACAAAGCGAGGCCGUCGAGCGGGAGAAACUGUUAAGGGAGGAGGCCUCGAAGGCGACGGAGAAAUUACGAGAUAGCGAAGGCAGACAGCGCGAGCUGGAAACGCAAGCUAAGUUAGCUCAAACGAAGUCCGACGAUCUAACGCGCAAGCUCGAGGGCGCGUCCACGGAGCUAGCCACGGUCCAGCAGAAGGUUGAUCAAGUGACUUCGGAAUUGAAUGACGCGAAGAAGGCUUUAUCUUCCACAGAAGCAUCUCUGAGAGAGGUCCGCGAGAAGCUCCAGGAGGCCCAGGGCAAGGUGACCCAGGCCCAGGCGCACGAAAUUGAACUACAAACGAAGACACGGGCGGCCGAAGAUUCAUUAAGGGAGGCGGAGGCUCAGGUAAGGGACCGGGACGCGCGUUUGGAGUCGCUGCGGACAAACGACGGGCAGCAGUCCGGCGAGAUCGCCGAGCUGACGGCUGCCCUCGAGAGUGCAAGGGAGGCUCAGGAGAAGAUGCGCGAGGCCGACGCUGCACGAUUGAAGGAGGCCGACACGGUCGCGGACGACCUCCGGACACAACUCGACGCGGCGCGGAGCGAGGUCGUGGCGGCCCAAGAAUCACUGAGAGUGGCGAAGACGGAAAGUGACGACAAGGAGAAAGGGUUGUGGGAGGCUCGUACAAAAGCUUUACAGGACGUGCAGCGCCUGUCGACGGAGCUGGACGACGCGCGGACGGAGCUCCAGAGCGCCAAGGAGGCGUUGAUCGCCGCGGAGUCGGAGAGAGACGCCUUCAAGUCCUCCCAGAAGCAGGCCGAGCUCGAGCUCCUCAAAUUGCAAGGCGCGUACGACGCCGCGCAGAUGGCUUCAGAUGAGGCCUCGAAGGAGGUUGAGGAAUCGAGACGCCAGAGUGAUGAAGUGCAGAACGAGUUAAGGCGUCUUAAAGUAGACGCGGCCGCGGCCGAAGAUUUGGUCAAGGAGGCGGAGGGCCGCGCCGCUCAAGUUGAUUCGGAACUGGCCGCCGCGCGCGAUUCAGAAAGACAAUUACGAUCGGAGCUCGAGGCCGUGCGCUCUCGAUUAGAGGAGGGCGACGAUGAACUCGCGAAACGCGACGACCAGUGCGUGCAGCUCGCCCAGGAAUUAGAUGAUGCGCGCGCCGAGGGCGAGGCCGCGGCCGACGUCGCCGAGCAAACUAGAUUAGCGCUGGCCGUGGCCGAGGAGGAGCGCGACGCCGCGCGUGGUGCCGAGGAGCGCUUGACUUAUGAACUUGAGAGAGUUGUGGAAGAACGAGACGACGGCAUGGACGGCUACGUCCGGCUGACGGAGCAGCUGAACGAUGCGAGGGAUGAGUUAACAGAUGCGCAAGAACAAGUCGAGGCGUAUAAAGAGAGGGAAGCAAACAACAUGCGCGGGGUUUUGACGGAAAGGCAGGACGUCGAGGCGCGCGUCGCGGAGGUGCGGCGGGAGAUGAGUGAAGAACACGCGCAUGUGAUGAGUGGCCUCGAGAAACUCAAAAGAAGGUUGGAGCGGCACCUGAAGAAGAUCGACGAGUCGCCCCUGAAGCGGCCUCCCAAUAUAGUGGAUGCCGUCGCUGCUUUACUAGAUUGCGCGCUCGACAAGUACGACGAGCUGCUCGAGCAGCGGCCGCACACGCCGGACGUCGAGUUCGACGAUGGGGCCAUGGACGCCUUCGACGCGGCGCUGAAGCGGGCCGCGGAGCCGCACCGGCCUUCUCCUGCCGAUACGUCGACGCAACCACUGGAGAACGAUGACUCGGACGACGAUGGGUACGGGGAUGACGAUUUUGAGGACUAAGUAGAA